AUGCUUGGACCAUCACCUAAUUGGAUUACCGAUAACUAUGAAGAAUUACAUCAUCCAAUUGAUGCUGGAACAGAUAUAGGCAUUCAAUAUGAUGGUCCUAAACGACCGGAGAAUUCGCAUAAACCAAUUGCACCAAUUGUUUCAAGUAAUAUUACAGAUAAUCGAUCAUCAUUUUAUGAUAAUGAUUUAUCAUGUCCAAUGGUUACUUGGAGUGAAUGUUCAGUAACAUGUGGUCGUAAUGGUAUUCGACGUCGUACACGAACAUUAUUAAGUAAUCAUAGAGCCGUUGAUCAACAUCGUUGUCAAUCAUUACCACUUGAAGAAACUCAACCAUGCUAUUUAAACCUUUGUCGUAUGUAG